ACGUUGCUCGAACCCGCCUGUUACAUUUUUCCGGGGAGUGUGUGUGUGUGUGUGUGUGUGUGUCUGUGUCCGUGUGUAAGAGAGAGAGGAGGGGGGGAGCUGGCUGCCGACCAUCAUGAUUAUGACACGAGGCAUCCUGGCCCAGAUGAACCAUGCCAUCACCCCGUUCCCCUCCAGAUCAUGCGCAUGUUCGACCGUCCGAUUUUUGUUUCUUUCCAUCACCGGAUGAGGAGGAAGAGAAAGACGAAGACAGGGCAUGAGGCGACGAAGACGGAUAGGGUGCAGCAUGCAAGGUUUCUGUUUCUCUUGGUCGACAAGGAUACCACCAACAAUUGCAUCAGUUGCAGAGCACCUAGCUAGACACUCAAAUUUCUGCAGCUGCCUUGAGCAGUUGUCAGAGGAGUGUCCUUCUGGAAGGCAAAGCCAAUCGCACUGGCACGCACUUGGCAAACUUUCUGGGGUAUAGUGCUUCCACUCUCGAGUCUUGACAGACUCUGCAGAGCCAGUGCUCGCUGUGAGGUACACAGCUAGAGCAGAGGCCUGUCUGUCGCCAUCUUCCUCAGCGCUUUUGUGAAUCACAUGGUGAGACUUUCCGCGAAGCGUUGUGACUGGUCGUCGAUACAAGGUCUUAGAAUUUUAACAAAAAGUAUUGUCAAUUGUCGGCGAGGUGAGUGAACAGAAACACGAGCUCAGUAGUGAGAGAGAGGUCCUUGGGUGUGCAAGGCAAGUGUGUCAUCUUCUCUGCAGAAUGCUAUUUGUAAAUGCUCAGCCUCUGCCGUCGCAGAUAAGACUCUUGGAUCUCGCAAUCGAAUGGCUAGCAGCCUUGUUGGCAUCCAUUGAGGUGCGGUGCAGUGUGCAACUGGCUACGGCUGAUUCGAUCUGACACAGGAGACCAUAUGCAUGCGCAGUUUGUUUGUCCAGACGUCUGCUAAACUUCAUCCCCGCUCCCGGAGGUGAUCUGACUGGAUCUGCACUCCCCCAACAACGGACGGUUCAUACAACGAGAGACAUGGCAGUUGUCGCGAAGGCCGGUUGUCUUACCCACUCGUGGCAAAGUCUGCAAUCCAGUCAGAUAGAUUUCCAGGUACCUCCUCAGAAGCCGUUCAAGGUGCAGCAUGAUCUUCAGGCGUGCUUCAUUGCCAGUCGGCAGAGAGGCGCUGUCGUUCAUCAGAGGCGGCCGACUCACUCACUAUUCGUGUGUGUCCCAACACCACGCAGCCAUGCAGAUUGCGAUCAGCAGCUGGUACUGAAAGCGACUGCAACAAAAUGCGCGCACCGCUCCUCACGAUCAUUUGGCAGGAAAUCCUCUCUCCAUAGUACGAGUCGUCAGGCCAGUCCCUGCACACUGGCCAGGGCACUGCCAGGAGCACAGCAGGCAUGUGGAAGGAAUGAGAAAGGUUUUCCCUGUGUUGGCCGAUUGUCGUGGAGGUCCACAGCUAGUCCCAGACGCAACGGGCUUGAGGUCCAGUUUGCAGAUUACUCGGAUUUUGCAGUUCCUUGGCGUACUCGAUUGUAUGGCAACCAGUGGCGUAAGGUCGCAGUUUGCCAGGCAGGAGCGGAUUCCCAAAACCAGCAGACAGUGACGAUUACCAGAUUGACUGUGAAGACACUGAGGGAGUACGGUGCCCAACCGAGGAAAGGCCUUGGGCAGCAUUUCAUGAUCAAUGACGAGGUGAAUGUGAAGCUGGUGGACACGGCUGACAUUGUGCCAGGAGAUGUGGUCCUGGAAGUUGGCCCAGGGACUGGCACUCUCACGGAAAGACUGCUGCACGCCGGGGCACUUGUCCUUGCAGUCGAGAAGGAUGCCAAGAUGAUGGAAGCACUACGCUCCCGAUUCGCCAAUGUACCAGAGGUCGAGCUGGUUCUUGGCGACAUUCUGAAGUGGGACAUCCGCUAUCACUUGUCAAAGGUUUUGUCCGCUCUGGGUAACUCGCGGAGGGCGAAGAUCGUAUCGAAUAUGCCAUUCAACAUCACCUCGGAGUUUCUAAUGAAUGUGAUUCCCAUGGGUGAUCUUUUCUCGACGAUCGUUCUCUUGGUGCAGGAAGAAACUGCAAGGCGGCUGGUGGACUCAGGUCCUGGAGAUAGUGGCAAGUAUCGCCAAGCGAACGUGAUGUUGCGUUUCUUCGGCGAGCCAGAGUACAUAUUCAGCGUCAGCCGUAAAUGCUUUUUCCCCCAACCGAAAGUUGAUGCUGCGAUACUCAAAGUCACCUUGAGAACACCCGAGGAGUACCCUGUCCUCGUGUCUUCUCACUCGUCCUAUCCGUUGACGCUAAGGGCUUUCACCAAAAUGGUUGCAUCAGCCUUCCAAGGGAAAAGAAAAAUGCUAAAGAACUCGCUGAAAUCUCUGUACAGUUUAGAGGUCACUUCGGAUGUACUUAAUAAACUUGAGCUUCCAUCAACAGCUCGUCCCGAGGAGCUCUCAUUAGACGACUUUGUGAGAAUUUUCAAUGCAUUUGAGAAUACUCGCGGAGAAUCAAAGGUAAUGGCCGAAAUGCACGCUGAAACUUCGUCAGAUAAGUUGGAGAAUUCAGAACAGGUUUAAGAACUGCGGUUUUGUCUCUUUGUCUUUCUUUGUCUUUCUUUGUCUUUUGUUUCUUCUUUUUCCUGGUUGUUGGGUGUGUUGUGUCCUUCCCAAGCUCGUCUUGUGAUAAUCUGUCUGGUUUGGUUGCCUUUUGUGGCAGAGACGUGACAUUGGCACCUGUUGUGUGAGAGAUGUGGCAUAGUACCCAACAAGGUAAGCAUUGCGGAUGGUGGAAUGGGUGGUAUGACGUGGCAUCUGGGUCAGGAAUUUGAUGGGCAUGAAGUUGAAUUUUGCAUGGAAGGCAAUCCUGUUCUUUUUUUUUUGCUGGAAGGAAAUCUAAUUCUAAUUAUUCUAUGCAUUUAAAUUUUAAACAGUUGAGCAAUCAAACAGAACGUUGACACAAAGCUGACGGCCAAAUUGUACACAGCAGAACUAUGGAAUCAAAUGCAGGACAGACA